AUGGCUAGCACCGAGGGUGGUGGCGGCGACACGCCGCAGACUCCACCAGCGCCCGCCGAGGAGACUUCGCGGGUGGCCAGCGGUGAGUCCGGCGGCAGCAUGUCGAAGCCGCCAAGCGUGUCGAAGCGGCUCAGCUGUGUCGAGGUAACCGGUGCCCCGCCGCCCCUCACCAUCAAGAAGGUCACUCAGUUUGCCAUCGAUCCGGCGGCGGCCAACCCCGACUCGGCGGGCCCGACCGGCACAGCUCAACCGGGCCAACGGGCGCACUAUGUGCUGCUGUGCAUGUUUGUGCUGCGAGAUUUGCUCAUCGCCCUGGCCAGACCAUCAAUUAUGAUUGGGACGAUCGGCGGA